AUGGCUACUGAAAAUCUUCAUUUUAACGACAACCGUCACCUCAUCAAUGUCGUUCACUCAUUAGAUAAGUUAAGAAUUCAGCAAGAAUUAUGCGAUAUCCAAUUAGUCGCAGACGAUGGAAAAGUUAAUGCUCAUAGGAUAUUAUUGGCAGUGUCAAGUGGUUAUAUUAAGCAGAUGUUACGAGAUGAAGAUACCGCAGAUUUAUCAUCAUAUCGCGUUGAGGGUGUAGAUAAGCUUUCUUUAGAAACUAUAAUCGAUUUUAUUUAUUCUGGUACUAUAAAUAUUACCCCGGAGCAAGUCUUACCCAUAUUUCGUGCUUCAAAUAAAUUACAAAUUUCUAGCAUUUCGGAAGCCUGCUAUAACUACUUACAGUCGAAUGUUGAUCUAAAUAAUUGCUUGGAUAUCAGAACACUAGCUAGCAGUUAUUCGUGUAGCAAUUUGAUUGUAGCAGCUGAUAAAUUCAUUAGUAAUAAUAUAGAACAGGUGGCACGUUUGGAAGCUUUCCUAAACCUUCCUCAGCUACGUUUUGAGAUUUAUAUAGAUGAAGACGCUGCUACAAGUGGACCAAGUGGGGAACAAUAUGCAGCGGAGACAGUAAAAUGGUUACAUAAAAAUGCUAAUUUGUUAAAUAGACAGAGAAAUCGAUUAGGCGAAUCUAUUCAAUACUUGUUUCUAAUUGAAAAUGGUGAAUUAACAGAUAUAGAUAACUUAAGUAGUAAGCAAUUAAGUUCACUCGAUGAAUCUGUCAGGCAAAAAGCGUUACAAUCGCGAUAUAGAAACGAUGGCUUAUCAUCUCGUCCUUCUUCUCCAACUGCUGGCGAGAAGCAUACCCCGGAAAAAUGUGUUAAUUCAGCAAUCGCUGUUCGCCAACUAAUAUUAUCGCCACAAGAUAACUCGAUAUUUAGCUGGCAUGUGGUAGCUGUUGGUUCUAUGCAACGUGGGCGAUGCAGUUUUGGCGUUACAGUUUUAAACAACGAAGUGUAUGCUGUAGGUGGUUAUGAUCGCUUAGGUUGCUUAAAUGUUGUGGAAAAAUAUAAUCUGGCGAGUAAUACUUGGUUGACAUGUCAGCCAGUAAAUCAGCGCCAUGGACGAAUUGCAGUUGCGGCAUCAUCGGAUCAUGUUUAUGCUUUAGGUGGCUCGCAUGCCUCUCAUGAUCUAAAAAGUUGUGAACGUUACGAUCCGAUUACCGAUAGUUGGAAGCCAUUUAAGAGUAUGAGAAUUGCUAGAAGUUGCUUGGGUGCGACAGUUAUAGAUGAUCAAAUUUUUGCAAUUGGUGGACAAAAUGAUAAAGGAACUCUUAGCAAUGUGGAAAUAUGUAACAUUGCUUCUAAUUCUUGGAAUAUCGCAAAGCCGAUGAUUGCAGCACGGAGCCAUUUAGCGGGCGCAACUACAUAUGAAGGCCUUCUUUAUGUUUGCGGAGGAUCAGAUGGAUCUCAGCCUCUAAAUUCCGUUGAGUGUUUCGAUCCUCGAGCGAACAAGUGGAUCUUGCUUAAGGAACACAUGAACCACGCAAGGGUUAACGUUGGGAUUGUAAAUGUUGAUGGAUGGAUCUAUGCAAUUGGCGGUUUCGAUGGAUCAACUUUUUUGAAUAACAUUGAACGCUUUAAUCCAAGUACCAACCGUUGGACGUCAAUCGUUACAGAUAAUGAUGAUGGUAUGAUAGCACUGUAG